AUGCUUAACCUAAUGCAAUUAAUUUGGUCACUCUCAUCUCCUUCGCUGCUGGAUAACCCCAUUCACUGCCAGGACCAUCUUGCUUUGAUCCAACACUUGAAGCUUGUCCAAUGGCUCAUCUUCCCUUACAUAAACGUCGAGCUCAGCCUGCAUGAGCAGCUAAAGUAUCUCAGUGCUGCAGCACAUGUGGCAUAUGUAUUCUUCACGCACGAAAACAUGCGCUCAUCAUACAUCCCUGCCACGCUAUACCGGGACAUACAGAUAAUGGUCAAAAAUGCUUACUUUUGCGUUGCAAAGGCAAAGUAUGAAACUCCGAAUAGGAAGUUCUUCCUUAUCCUCUUGGGCACUGAUAGGUUAGAAUGGAUGUUUGGGUUCAUCUGUGCAGAGAAUGGCUAUAAUGUGAACGUUAGCACUUAUAGUCUCUCUAACCGUACCUCUGGUGCAGUUGAGUGCCAUGCAAUAUUGUCCAAACAUCCGGAGUGGGACCGAGGACCAUGUCGACUAUGGCUUCAGGGCAUCAGCAAUGCAGGUGGCAUCGAACAGAAGGUCGACCACAUCAAUCCAGCAUCAUGGAGAGGCAACAUUUAUGUUGCUAAUGUACAGCUAGCUCCGGCUUGGAGAGCUGGCCAUUAUCUCGUCAAAAAUGAUGAUGAUCUCAGAGAAUUCUGUCUGGCACAGAAGUUCAAUGAUCUGGAAUGCCAAAUGGGCGCUGAUUUGUGUCAGGGCCCGGCCUCGGACUCGGAGGCUCCCUGA